AUGUCUAUAGGGGCUUGGAAUGUUAGGGGUUUGAAUAAAGCUGUUAAGCAGAAGGAGGUUAUUGAUGUUAUUAGAAGUAAUAACCUUGGUAUUUGUGCUAUGGUGGAAUCUCAUGUCCAGGUCUUAAAUCUUAAGAAUGUUUGUGUUAAGACCUUUGUUCAAUGGGAUUGGGUUUCUAAUAAUAAUAGUUGUGAGGUUGGAACUAGAAUUAUAGUGGGUUGGAAUCCUAGACUUUAUGAUGUGAUGCUGAUUUCUCAGUCCAAGCAAGUUAUCCACUGUAAUGUUAAAUUUUGUGAUUCUGAUUAUUGCAUGUAUUUGUCAUUUAUAUAUGUUGCUUCGAAUUAUCUUGAGAGAAGAUUGCUAUGGGAUAAUUUGAAGAAACAUAGCUUGGUUGUUAAGAAGGAAGCUUGGGGAAUAUUAGGUGAUUUUAAUGUUGCUUUAAAGCCAUCAGAAUAUUCUGAAGGCUGUUCUAAAACACCCAAAGGAGUUGAAGAUUUUAUUGAUUGUUUAAAUUUUAUUGAAGUUGAGGACCUGAAUACUUCUGGAUUUCAGUUUACUUGGAACAAAACUCCUGCUGGGAAUAAGGGUCUUUUGAAGAAGUUAGAUAGGGUUAUGGCCAAUAUGAAAUUUAUUUCGGAUCAUCCUUUAGCCCAUGCUAUUUUUAAACCUUAUAGAAAUUCGGAUCAUUGUCCUGCUAUCUUAAAUAUUCCUGGUGGCAAAGUGAAAUGGAAACCUUCUUUUAGGUUUGCUAAUUUUAUCACUGAGAAGGAGGAGUUUUUGCCUUUUAUCAAGGAAAUUUGGGAUGUAAAUAUUGAUGGUUUUUUUACGUUCAAAGUGUGUCAAAAGUUGAAGAUUCUUAAAAAACACUGUAGGAAGCUUUGCAAUAAGCAUUGGGGUGCUGGGAAGAGAAUUCAACAGUUAAGAAGAGAGUUGGAAUGUAAACAAUAUGAAAUUGAUCUUAAUCCGUUUGAUUGUAAGAUCAGGGAGGAGCAUGCUAAUAUUCUCUUUGAUUUUAAUGUUGCUUGUAAUGAUGAAAAAAACUUCUUUUCCAGCGAGCUAAGAUUAAGUGGUUACAGGAAGGGGACAAUAAUUCUAAGUUUUUUCAUAGAAUUGUGA